AUGUCUGCCGACGCGAAAUGGUCCCACCACGAACAGGCCCUGCCGGAAGGGACCACCGUUUCGUCAACGGCGUUGGAUGACGCCGAGAAAGGCAUCUACGACAACACGGCGGCAUUACCGGUGAUUGCCUCACCGCCAGUGGCCUACAUCGAUGAGAAGAAGGCGUUAGAGGCAGUCUCAACGACCGAUGGCACGGUAACACCACCGAGUCCGCCGCCGGCAGCUGCCAAGAAACCCGCGAAGCCAAAGCCCAGCCGGUGGAUCUUGUUCCAGCUCUGGUUCAACACGUACCGCAAGUUCUUCACUUUUGUCACGGUGCUCAACCUCGUCGGUAUCGCCUUUGCAGCGGCGGACAAGUGGGAUUAUGCGAGAAACCACUUGGGCGCGUUGGUGCUCGGCAACCUGCUCAUGGCCGUGUUGAUGCGCAAUGAGCUGUUCUUGCGGUUCUUGUACCUGAUCUCGAUCUACGGGUUACGAAGUUGGGCACCGGUAUGCAUCAAGAUCGGGGUGACGUCAAUUCUGCAACAUGUUGGAGGCAUCCACUCCGGCUGUGCCCUCUCCGGCGCUGCCUGGCUCAUCUACAAGAUUGUCGACAUCAUCCGGUACCGUGCUAUGCAGCACAGCUCGGUCAUUGCAAGUGGCAUCAUUACGAACGUCGCUGUUAUCAUAUCUGUUCUGAGCGCGGUUCCCUGGAUUCGCAAAGACACCAUCGCUUCAUUGGGUGGCUUGGUAUCGCGCGUCCUCAUCCCCUGGGUCACUCUCCGCGAGGUCCCCGUCGAAGUCGAGAUCCCGUCGCCCAAAGUCGCCAUCCUCAAGUUCCAGCGCGGGAUGCAGCAAGGGCUGCUGGGGCGCAUCAGCCGCACGUCCAUCAUGGAGUACCACGCGUUCGGCAUCAUCAGCGAGGGCCGAAAGUCCGGCUGCCACUACAUGAUCUGCGGGGUGCAGGGCGACUUCACCAAGGACCUGGUCGCGGACCCGCCCAAGACGCCGGCGUUGGGCACGCCUCGGCCCAUGUUUAAGCGAGGAAUCCGCAUCUGCACCGGAACGGGCAUCGGUGCGGCCCUGUCCACUUGCAUUCAGAGCCCGGAUUGGUUCCUCAUCUGGAUAGGAUCCGACCAAGAAAAGACAUUCGGACCGACCAUCACCGGGCUCAUCUACAACAACAUCCCGCCCGAGCGCAUGAUCCUCUGGGACUCGAAAAAACGAGGGGGACGGCCCGACAGCGUAAAGCUGCUCAAGGAGGUGUGGGACAGCUUCGGCGCCGAGGUCAUCUUCAUCACAAGCAACAUGCAGGGCAACGACGAGAUGAUGCAAGGUUGCCGCGCAGCCGGGUUGCAUGCCUUUGGCACCCUGUGGGAUUUCUAG